AAAUUUCUACACAGUCAAGGAUGUCAACAAGGACUGCGCAUACACUGCAGCGCGUACACAUGUACCUCAGUCCAGUAUUCGCACGUAAAAUACCGCCUUGUCGUGGACGGUGACUUCCGCGUAACUCAGCAGCAGUAUCAGGAGAACUCUAGAGAGGUCGACAACUGGCACUGGGUCAAAGGUCAUCGUUAAAAAGUCACUGAUGUCCAAGACAGGACUACGUAGUUAUUACACUAUUGUGGAAAGUAAGCUAAAACGGGUCUAGGAUACUGACCUAUAAGACUUUUCAACAUGGCCACUCGAGGGCUUGACCACUGGGCAGACAUAACUGUCGUCGUUCUCUAUUUCAUCUGCGUUCUCAUCGUCGGGAUGUGGACGGUGUUUCGCCGGAACCGGAAUGACGUCAAUAGCUACUUCCUGGCGGGGCGCAACAUCUCUUGGUGGCCGGUGGGUGCAUCCCUGUUCUCCAGUAACAUCGGCAGUGAACACUUUGUUGGACUAGCCGGCACGGGGGCGGCUGCUGGAAUAGCCAUGAUCUCCUACGAAUGGUUUAGUAUGCCGCUGGUCCUGCUGCUGGGCUGGUUCUUCCUACCUGUCUACAUAUCCGCCGGGGUAUACACCCUCCCGGAGUACAUGGAGAAGCGGUUCGGUGGUUAUCGGAUCCGGAUCUAUCUCAGUGUGCUGGCCCUCAUAUUAUAUAUCAUCACCAAGUUGGCCGUGAGUAUAUUUGCCGGGGCGUUAUUCAUACAGCUGGCUCUGGGCUGGGACAUGUACCUCAGUAUCGUGGCUUUGCUGGGGGUAACAGCAAUUUAUACCAUACUCGGUGGACUGGCCGCCGUCAUCUACACCGACACCUUCCAGACCGGAGUCAUGACCAUUGGUGCCUUGGCAUUGGUGGGCAUAAGUUUUAACAAGAUCGGAGGGUAUAACAACCUGCAGCGGUUAUAUAUGGAGGCGGUGCCCUCAGUGCGCGAGCCCAACAGCACGUGCGGUCUCCCGCGUGAUGACGCUUUCCACAUCUUCAGGGAUCCGAUCACGGGAGACAAUCCAUGGCCGGGACUGUUACUUCAGAGCUCCAUAGGCUGUCUCUGGUACUGGUGCUGUGAUCAGGUUAUAGUCCAGCGCACUCUAGCGGCCAAGAACCUGUCUCACGCCAAAGGGGGAUCAAUCAUGGCCGGCUACCUCAAACUACUGCCGAUCUUCCUUAUGAUCUUCCCGGGGAUGAUUAGUCGAGCUCUGUUCCCAGACGAGGUUGCGUGCGUAGACCCAGACAUUUGCAGGGAGGUUUGCGACAACCCGGCUGGCUGUUCAAACAUAGCCUACCCCAAGUUGGUAUUGGAGUUACUCCCCUUUGGUGUGCGUGGCCUGUUGAUGGCAGUCAUGCUGUCGGCCAUCAUGAGCUCCCUGACCUCCAUCUUUAACAGUUCCAGUACAAUAUUCACUAUGGACCUGUGGCGCAGAGCCCGACCGAGGGCCACACAGCGGGAACUCCUCAUCGUGGGCAGGAUCUUCAUUGUAAUCCUGUGUGGUAUCAGUAUUGCAUGGAUUCCCCUCGUUAGAUCAUCACAAGGAGGACAACUCUUUAACUACAUCCAGUCCAUUCAGGGCUACCUGGGCACGCCGAUCGGAGCACUGUUUGUCUUGGGCGUUUUCUGGAAACGAAUGAAUGAACAGGGAGCAUUCUGGGGUAUUAUCAUCGGGCAUAUGUGCGGAGUGAUACGGAUGGCGUUAGACUUUGCCUACCCAGCGCCUGAGUGCGGAGAUCCGGAAACUCGUCCGCCGGUACUCCUAAGGGUUCAUUACACAUACUUCGGCUCCAUUAUGAUCGUCGUCACCUCUGCUGCUAUCAUCAUAAUAAGUCUGGCUACACGUCCACAGGAAGAGGAGGAGCUUGUGGGAGUGACGUGGUGGACCAGAAUGAAACCUGAAGACAAGGGAGACCACUCUACUGACAGUGACACCGAGCAGGCAAAGGAUAACCGUCCGGCUAGUAAUGGUGUGCAAAUAGCUGAACCGGAUGAUGGGAAUGAAAGAACGGUCGGAUGUGCAAAGCGUGCCUGUAACUUUGUUUGUGGAAUGCCUGACGAUAGUUCCGGCGCGACCAGUCCAAGCACUGACGAGACCCAGACAAGGAGAUUUCUGAAGGAGAACAAGAGGUGGUCAACGGUGUUAAAUAUCAAUGCAGCCAUUGGACUAAUAGUAACAGCCUUUCUGUAUGGCUUCUACCGAUGACAUGAUAAAUCCUUCUUGGAUUUCAGCCAAUCACAAACGAGCUAUCAUCGCCUCUCUAGGCCAUUAUGUUUAAGUGUUCACGCACUUCAAUCUUUUAACCAAAUAAACUAUUAAAUUGGUUAUAAAAUGUCACCCGAGUUCAAUACUUUGCUGAGCAAGUACAGUAUGUACUUUCAAACAGCUAUAAAUAAACAAACUUUCUAAUUUGGGAUACAAGAUAUAGAAUUAAAC